AUGCCGUACAACGUGACCAUAGACGACACCUCUCCCCUCAUCACCUACCAGGGCCAAUGGCUUGAUUCAUACAACCUGGCCGCAGACCCCUAUACCGACCGAUAUCUUGGCAAGACCUUUCAUUCUAGCAGGACAGAUGGAUCUCAGGCCACCUUCCAGUUCAACGGCACAGACGUAUGGAUCUUUGGAGCCAGAGAGAAAGUCAUGGGAAUUUUAUUGAUCGAUGGCUAUGCACCCCAACAAUCGAACGGUGAUGGAGUUUACCAAUUCCCCAUAUUCUCCAGGACUGGUCUCUCGGAUGGUCUUCACACCGUCACACUCACCAACGAUAACGGAGGGAGUACCACUCGAUCGUUUGUCGAUAUCGAUUUCAUCACUUGGACAUCGAAUGAUGAUGUUGGCAAGAACAUAACUAUAGAUGACUCUGAUCCUGCCUGGUCCUAUACACCGUCGGGUCAGCAGUGGGGUACUUCGGGUACUUCCGUUGUUGAUUACUACCAGCAAACCGAGCAUGUGACGAAUGUUGCCGGCGCCACAGCAUCCGUCCAAUUUGAAGGAAAUGCGGUUUAUCUUUACGGUGGCACGCUGGACGAUCAUGGGACCUUCAACGUCCAAGUCAAUGAUCACCCGGUAGUCAGCAUGAAUGGUUCGACGGUCGGGUAUCAUUCCCGAGUGUUACUCUACUACGCAGACGGUCUUGGUCCAGACUACGUCCAAGUCCUUCAAUCUUCCGCGAGCGAAGCGUCCGAAUCCAAUCCUGGAGGAAAGGCCAAAACUCCGAUCAUUGCAGGAACGGUGUGCGGCGUUGUGAUCGGCCUUGCCUUAAUUAUCGCAGCCGUCUGGUGGUUCAUGCGGAGGAGAAAGAGAAGCGAGGGCGUCGACUUGCUAAACACCGAGACCAGGGCGUACGACGUUCCUCCAGCCGGAUACGGUCCUGCCAGCAGUGGACCAGGAUGGGAUGGACAGAGCUCGGUACCAAACAGCCAGCCAUGGGCGAACGAUCUGGCGUAUACGGGAAGCUAUCCUCAGAACCCUCCUUCCCAAACUACGUACCCGAUGGGCAUGUACUCACCCAGCUCGGUCAGUGGGAGUGGUGGCGGGGAUGGGUCGUCCGCUGGUGCUGCUUCGGCGUAUGGAGGCACCGGUCGGCCCGAGAUGCACCAUCAGGCCUUGAGCACGCUUACACAGGAAGACGAAGCCGAUCCUCGCGUUCAUCAAAUGGUUCCUCCUCCUGAUCCCAAAGGCCGUGCGGUCUUAGUCGUCGACACCGGUAGCCGAGGCAACAUGACCGAGGACGAGCUCAGAGCGUCGAGGAUGGUAGUUCCUGAGCGAGCACAGGACUGGGGCCCAAUGUCCGGUACGAGCGGGGACGAGAGCACCGGAAUGCUGCCUCCGGAUUAUCACCAAAUUGCUUACUGGGAUUUGCUUUUUAUCAAGGCAACCGAACCGUUCCCUAACCGUCGAUUGCCCCAACCUCUAUCUUAA